AAGGGACUACAAUUCCCAGAGCGCAUCGCGGGCUCCAGUUGUCCUUCCCUCCUCCCCGGACGUUGGGAGCUAAGAUGGCGGCGGGUAGGGGGAGAGUCAUCCUGAAAACAGUGAAAGAAAUUAUCGUACAGUUCUGUCCCUUCGAGUCUAAUGUCCGUGGCGCCAGGGAAUUCCUUGCUGCAAUAGGAACAGAAAAGGCACGUCUAACAAACUCCAAUUGCCGGAUUGUAGCCGAUAUAAAGCAUGAUGAGACAGAACCUGUUAUAUCAAUCACAUUCAAUGAUGGAGAAAGAUUGAUCAUGAAAGCAGCAAACUUGACAAGCAGGGAGAUGCUGACAUUUUUUGAUGAGAAGUGCUUUGCAAAGGACCCUCAGGCACAUGAGAAGGCAUCAAAAAAAAGCCACUAACAUUAAAUUGGAUAUUCCUGUUAUGUAUUCAUUUCUUCAUGAGCAUGCUUGGAAAUCAAGCCUGGUCAAGUGCUGACUGAUGUUUGACCAUUUUUGUUUAAAAGUAGCAAAUGGAACUGAUCAAUAUCUUAAAACAUCUUUUCAGUUCAUCAUUCAGCUGGAUUUCCGGUUGGCAUUUUACAGAUUAUUUCUUUCAAAAGUAAGACCAAAAAAUAUUCCCCAGGAACAUGGGGAGUUGCAGUCUGCCAGUAACAUCAAAAUAAGUGAUUGUGAAUCCUAAUUUAUUGCCUUAUAGCACAUUAUACUUGCAUUAGCCACUUGAAAUCCUGUCAAUUUAAUAAUAUUGUAGUUUACUAAUUGGUACUUUUCACUCAUAGGACUUGUACUGAUGUUUUGUGACUGUAUCAGUGAUUUUGAAAUAUAACUGAGGCCAACAAAAUUAUUUCUAUUUAAGCCAUUUGUCUUCAGAUACUAAAAACUAUUA